CACCAUGGCUGACGGAGGAGAGGAGGAUGAGAUCCAGUUCCUGCGGACUGAUGAUGAGGUGGUCCUCCAGUGCUCAGCUACAGUCUACAAGGAGCAACAGAAACUCUGUCUGGCUGCUGAAGGCUUUGGAAACCGACUCUGCUUCCUGGAGUCCAUCUCCAACUCCAAGAAUGUUCCUCCGGAUCUGUCCAUCUGCACUUUUGUCCUGGAGCAGUCGCUGUCGGUACGAGCCCUCCAAGAGAUGCUGGCCAACACAGAGGACAAGGCUGAGGGGGCAGCUCAGGGCGGAGGCCAUCGCACACUCCUGUAUGGACACGCUGUGUUACUGCGACACUCCUACAGUGGAAUGUACCUGUGCUGCCUCUCCACCUCUCGAUCAUCUACUGACAAAUUGGCCUUUGACGUGGGACUGCAAGAGGACACCACAGGCGAGGCAUGCUGGUGGACCAUUCAUCCAGCUUCCAAGCAGCGUUCUGAGGGAGAGAAGGUCAGAGUGGGAGAUGAUCUGAUCCUGGUCAGCGUCUCUUCAGAGAGAUACCUGCAUCUGUCCUACGGAAAUGGCAGCCUCCACGUGGACGCAGCCUUCCAGCAGACUCUGUGGAGUGUGGCUCCCAUCUGUUCUGGCAGUGAAGUUGCUCAAGGUUUCCUGAUCGGAGGAGACGUUCUGCGACUCCUUCACGGUCACAUGGACGAAUGUCUCACUGUCCCAUCGGGGGAACAUGGGGACGAGCAGAGGAGGACAGUGCACUACGAGGGGGGAGCUGUGUCGAGCCAUGCCAGAUCUCUGUGGAGGCUGGAGACGCUGCGAGUUGUGUGGAGCGGCAGCCACAUCCGCUGGGGUCAGCCCUUCAGGCUGAGACACGUCACCACAGGGAAGUACCUCAGUCUGCUGGAAGACAAGUCUCUGCUCCUGCUCGACAAGGAGAAGUCCGACGUCAAAUCCACAGCGUUUUGCUUCAGGUCGUCCAAGGAAAAGCUGGACCCCGGAGCGAGGAAGGAGGUGGAUGGAAUGGGGGCUCCUGACAUUAAAUAUGGCGACUCCGUGUGUUACAUCCAACAUGUGGACACCUGCCUGUGGCUGACAUACCAGACGGUGGAUGCCAAAUGUGCACGCAUGGGUGGAGUGCAGAGAAAGGCCAUCAUGCACCAUGAAGGUCACAUGGACGACGGGCUGACUCUGUCUCGCUCUCAGCAUGAAGAGAGUCGCACAGCCAGAGUGAUUCGCAGCACUGUAUUCCUGUUCAGCCUCUUCAUCAGGGGUCUGGACUCGCUGAGAAAAAAGGGAAAGAGCUCUACGCUCGACUUACCAAUCGACUCGGUCAGCUUGAGUCUGCAGGACCUGAUCGGUUACUUCCAGCCAGCCGGAGAUCACCUGGAACAUGAAGACAAGCAGAACAGAUUGAGAGCUCUAAAGAACCGACAGAAUCUCUUCCAGGAGGAGGGGAUGAUCAACCUGGUGCUGGAGUGUAUCGAUCAUCUGCACGUCUACAGCAGUGCUGCUCAUUUUGCUGAGGCAGUCGGACGAGAGGCCUCUGAAUCCUGGAGCUCCAUUCUCAACUCACUUUAUCAGCUCCUGGCUGCACUUAUCAGAGGAAACAGGAAGAACUGUGCCCAGUUUUCCAGUUCACUGGACUGGCUGAUUAGCCGGCUGGAGCAACUGGAGGCGUCUUCUGGUAUAUUGGAGGUGCUUCACUGUGUGCUGGUGGAGAGUCCUGAGGCCUUAAACAUCAUCAAAGAGGGACACAUCAAGUCCAUCAUAUCACUGCUGGACAAGCACGGACGCAACCACAAGGUCCUGGAUGUGUUGUGUUCUUUGUGUGUAUGUCACAGUGUGGCUGUGCGUUCCAACCAGCACUUGAUCUGUGACAACCUGCUGCCAGGAAGAGAUCUGCUGCUGCAGACGCGACUGAUCAACCACGUAAGCAGCAUGAGACCCAACAUCUUCCUAGGAGUCAGCGAGGGCUCUGCCCAGUACAGGAAAUGGUACUACGAGCUGAUUGUAGAUCAGGUGUUGCCAUUUGUCACGGCAGAAGCGACUCACCUCAGGGUGGGCUGGGCCAACACCAGUGGCUAUGCUCCCUACCCCAGUGGAGGGGAGGGGUGGGGGGGCAAUGGCGUGGGCGAUGACCUCUACUCAUAUGGAUUUGAUGGACUUCAUCUUUGGUCAGGCUGCAUUGCCCGGACUGUUAGCACACCCAAUCAGCACCUCCUGCGCUCGGAGGACGUGGUGAGCUGCUGCCUGGACCUCAGCGUGCCCAGCAUCUCCUUCAGAAUCAACGGACAGCCUGUUCAGGGCAUGUUCGAGAACUUCAACUCCGACGGCCUCUUCUUCCCUGUGGCCAGCUUCUCUGCUGGAGUCAAGGUGCGCUUCCUCCUUGGGGGACGUCACGGGGAGUUCAAGUCUCCCCCGCCUGGGUAUGCUCCCUGCUACGAGGCGGUGCUGCCCAGGGAGAAGCUGAAGCUGGAGGCCAGCCAGGACCAGACUGCAGCCAGAGAGCUGCUGGGCCCCACCAUCACCCUGAGCCAGGCUGCUUUCACCCCCACACCUGUGGACACCAGCCAGAUUGUUCUACCACCACACCUGGAGAGGAUCAGGGAGAAACUGGCAGAAAACAUCCAUGAACUGUGGGUGAUGAACAAGAUUGAGCUGGGUUGGACGUUCGGAGCAGUGAGUAUGAUAAACAAGCGGCAGCACCCUUGCCUGGUGGAGUUCUCGCAGCUCCCUGAGCAGGAACGAAGCGACAACCUGCAGAUGUCUCUGGAGACUCUCAAGUAUCUCCUGGCUUUAGGCUGCCACGUUGGCUUAGCAGAUGAACAAGCAGUGGAGAAAGUGAAAAGCAUGAAGCUGUCACCAACAUAUGAAUUGUCCAGCGGCUAUAAACCUGCUCCACUGGACCUGAGCCACAUCAAGCUCACCUCCUCUCAGGAAGCCAUGGUGGACAAGCUGGCUGAAAAUGCACACAACGUCUGGGCGAGAGACCGCAUCCGUCAGGGCUGGACCUACGGGAUCCAACAGGAUGUGAAGAACCGGAGAAGAAGAAACCCCCGUCUGGUUCCCUACACUCUGCUGGAUGAGAGGACCAAGAAGUCAAACAAGGACAGCCUGAGAGAAGCUGUGGACUUGCUGGGAUAUGUGUACAACCUGGAAGCUCCUGACCAGGACCACGCAGCUCAGUCGGACUCAGCAACAUGUCAGCAGAGAGGUUUCGCAUUUUUUCGAGCAGAGAAAACUUACUGUGUCAACACUGGAAAGUGGUACUUCGAAGCUGGAGAACUGUUCAUCACCAACACAACAAACAGCUCAGACAAUCUGGGGGGGGCGGAGGUAUUAACCUCUGGAGAGAUGAGAGUGGGCUGGGCCAGACCGGGAUGUCUACCGGACCAGGAGCUGGGAUCUGAUGACCAGGCCUUUGUGUUUGAUGGCUUCAAGGUGCAGCGCUGGCACCAGGGGAACGAGCACUUCGGCCGGGCCUGGCAGACGGGGGACGUGGUGGGCUGCAUGGUGGAUCUGAACGAACACACCAUGAUGUUCACGCUGAACGGGGAAGUGCUGCUGGACGACUCGGGCUCUGAGCUGGCCUUUAAAGACUUUGACCCUGGUGAAGGUUUCAUCCCGGUCUGCAGUCUGGGUGUGUGUCAGGUGGGGAGGAUGAACUUUGGGAAGGACGUCAGCACUUUGAAGUAUUUCACCAUCUGCGGCCUGCAGGAAGGCUACGAGCCGUUCGCCGUCAACAUGAACCGAGAUGUGACCAUGUGGCUCAGCAAAAGGCUUCCUCAGUUCGUCCCCGUCCCGCCGAACCACCAGCACAUCCAGGUGACGAGGAUAGACGGCACGGUAGAGUCGUGUCCCUGCCUGAAGGUCACCCAGAGGUCAUUUGGCUCUCAGAACAGCUACACCGACAUCAUCUUCUACAGACUGAGCAUGCCCAUCGAGUGCGCCGAGUCCAGAUCUCCACCCAACGGCAGCCUCUUCUCACCAAAGAGGGAGCUGGAUGAUUUUGAAUCGGUGUCGGACUUUGAGGUCUUGAUGAAAUCCUCUCAUGGACACAACGGUCCCAACGGCCCCGACAGAGACGAGUUCAACAACCACAAAGAUUACACUCAGGAGAAGCCGUCCAAGCUCAAGCAGAGAUUUACACUGAAGAGAAACAAAGCGGACCACAGCUGCCCUUCAGCUGCUCGUCUGACGGAGGAGGUGACGGCUGAAGACAGGGACGGAUAUGAGUUCCUCCUGCAGGCCUCCACUCACUACUACUCGGUGCGGAUCUUCCCGGGUCAGGAGCCCAGCAGUGUGUGGGUCGGCUGGGUCACCUCCGACUUUCAUCAGUAUGACCCCGGAUUCCAGCUGCACAAAGUCCGGACAGUCACCGUCACCCUGGGAGACGAGAAGGGCAAAGUUCAUGAAAGCAUCAAACGCAGUAACUGCUACAUGGUGUGGGCGGGAGAAAGCAGCAGUCCUGGCCAGGGCAGGACCAACAACGGCCUGGAGAUCGGAUGUCUGGUGGACACAACAAACGGUCUGCUGACCUUCACAGCCAACGGCAAAGAGCUGAGCACAUACUACCAGGUGGAGCCCAGCACCAAGCUGUUCCCAGCAGUCUUUGCCAAAGCCACCAGUCCCAAUGUCUUUCAGUUUGAACUGGGACGGAUCAAGAACGUGAUGCCUCUGUCAGCCGGCCUGUUUAAGAGUGAGAAGAAGAACCUUGUUCCUCAGUGUCCUCCUCGGCUUCAUGUCCAGUUCCUCACGCCAGUCUUGUGGAGUCGAGUUCCAAACCAUUUCCUGAAGGUGUGUGCGUCUCGAGUCAACGAUCGACUCGGCUGGCUGCUCCAGUGUGAAGAACCUCUGCAGUUUAUGUCUCUGCACAUACCUGAGGAGAACAGGUCUGUGGACGUGCUGGAGCUGUCGGAGCAGAAGGACCUGCUGAAGUUUCACUAUCACACUCUCAGACUGUACUCUGCGAUCUGCGCUCUGGGAAACAACCGGGUGGCUCACGCUCUCUGCUCCCACGUGGACCAACCACAGCUGCUGCAGGCCAUCCAGAACAAGUACAUGCCAGGCUUGCUGCGUGCGGGCUACUACGACCUGCUCAUCGACAUCCACCUGAGCAGCUACGCCACCGCUCGCCUCAUGAUGAACGACGAGUACAUCGUCCCCAUGACAGAUGAAACCAAGAGCAUCACCCUAUUCCCAGAUGAGAAGAAGAGGCACGGCCUUCCGGGCAUUGGUCUCAGCACCUCUCUGAGACGAAUGCACUUCUCCUCGCCGUGCUUUGUGUGUGGGCCCCGGGACCGUCACGUCGGAGCUCUGAGCAAUGGCUCGGGACCAGGAGACUGCUUCCAGCACAGCCCUGAGUUCCCUAAACAUCUGAAGGUCAAAACCAUCGAGAUGCUGACGGAGGCGGUGCGCGAGGGCAGCAUGCACGUGCGCGACCCGAUCGGAGGCAGCACCGAGUUCCUGUUCGUGCCUCUCAUCAAGCUCUUCUACACCAUGCUCAUCAUGGGAGUCUUCCAGAACGGAGACCUGAAGAACAUUCUGCGGCUCAUCGAGCCAACGGUGUUCUCUGAGUGGCGAGAAGCGACGGAGGGGGCUCGCCCGGAGCCGGAGGGGGUGGAGGAGAGGGAGGCUGACGGAGCCGACGGCAGGAACGGGCCCAAGCAGGGGCUGCUGCAGAUGAAGCUGCCCGAGCCCGUCAAACUCCAGAUGUGCCACGUGCUGCAGUACCUGUGUGACUGUCAGGUGCGCCAUCGCAUCGAAGCCGUGGUGGCCUUCUCCGAUGACUUCGUGGCUUGCCUCCAAGAUAACCAGCGAUUCCGCUACAACGAGGUGAUGCUGGCUCUCAACAUGUCUGCCGCACUCACAGCCAAGAAGACCAAAGAGUUCCGGUCACCGCCGCAGGAGCAGAUCAACAUGCUGCUGAACUUCAAGGACGACAAGCAGGAGUGUCCCUGUCCCGACGACAUCCGGGAGCAGCUGCUGGACUUCCACGAGGGACUUGAUGAGGGCACUGUGCUGGACGAAGAGCGGGGGAUGGACGGAGACAGUGAUUUCACCAUCCGAGGUCGGCUCAUGUCGCUGGUGGAGAAAGUUUCCUAUCUGAAGAAGAAGAUGGCCAAUCUGACCAAUGAGACGAAAGACAAGAAGCCCAGUACGCUACAGCAGCUCAUCUCAGACACCAUGGUCCGCUGGGCUCAGGAGUCGGUCAUCGGACCGGAGCUGGUCCGAGCCAUGUUCGUCCUCCUGCACCGGCAGUACGACGGCAUUGGGGGCCAGGUGAGAGCUCUUCCAAAGACCUACACUAUCAACUCUGUGUCCAUCGAGGACACCAUCAACCUGCUGGCUGCUCUGGGUCAGAUCCGCUCUCUGCUCAGCGUCCGAAUGGGUGGAGAGGAGGAGAAGCUCAUGAUCGAGGCCUGGGACAUCAUGAACAACAAAGUUUUCUACCAGCAUCCAAACCUGAUGAGAGCUCUGGGGAUGCACGAGACUGUCAUGGAGGUCAUGGUCAACGUGCUGAGUGGAGGAGACUCAAAGGAAAUCACUUUCCCCAAGAUGGUGGCGAACUGCUGUCGGUUCCUGUGUUACUUCUGUCGGAUCAGCCGUCAGAACCAGAAGGCCAUGUUCGACCACCUGAGCUACCUGCUGGAGAACAGCAGCGUGGGCCUCGCGUCUCCGUCCAUGCGCGGGUCCACCCCUCUGGACGUGGCUGCAGCCUCAGUCAUGGACAACAACGAGCUGGCUCUGGCUUUAAGAGAGCCAGACCUGGAGAAGGUGGUCCGGUACCUGGCUGGCUGUGGACUGCAGAGCUGUGUGAUGCUGGUGUGCAAAGGAUACCCGGACAUCGGCUGGAACCCCGUGGAAGGAGAGCGAUACCUGGACUUCCUGCGAUUCGCUGUCUUCUGCAAUGGUGAAAGUGUGGAGGAGAAUGCCAACGUGGUGGUGAGGACUUCUGAUUCGCGCCCAGCCAGAAUGCUUUGGCCCGCCCUUCGAGGUGAGGGAGGCGCGGCCUGCUGGCAGCAAUGGAGGAAGCCAUUACCAUACUCUCAAGAUCCCACCAGGGACGGCCCAUCGCCCACCUCUGAGAGCAGCAAGGCACUCAGUGACAUCCUGCUGGAUGAGGAGGAUGAUACCAUCCACAUGGGAAACGCCAUCAUGGAACCUUUCUACGCCGCCCUCAUUGACCUGCUGGGUCGCUGUGCUCCAGAGAUGCAUCUGAUCCAUGCAGGUAAAGGUGAGGCUAUCCGGAUCAGAGCCAUCCUGAGGUCUCUCAUCCCCAUCGAGGACCUGGUGGGAGUCAUCAGCAUCCCGUUCUCAAUGCCAAGCCUGGCCAAAGAUGGACUGGUCGUAGAGCCAGACAUGUCAGCAGGUUUCUGUCCAGACCAUAAAGCAGCCAUGGUUCUGUUCCUGGACCGGGUCUACGGCAUAGAGGACCAGAACUUUCUCCUGCACCUCCUGGAGGUGGGGUUCUUGCCUGAUCUGAGGGCUGCUGCCUCUCUGGACACUGUUGCUCUGAGCGCCACAGACAUGGCGCUGGCUCUCAACAGGUACCUGUGCACCGCUGUGCUGCCUCUGCUCACUAAGUGUGCUCCUCUGUUUGCGGGGACGGAGCCGUUCGCCUCCCUGAUCGACUCCCUCCUCCACACGGUGUACCGCCUGUCCAAAGGCUGCUGCCUCACCAAAGCCCAGAGGGACGCCAUCGAGGAGUGUCUGCUCGCCGUGUGCGGAAAACUGAGGCCUUCAAUGAUGCAGCACCUGCUGAGGAGGCUGGUGUUUGACAUCCCUCUUCUGAACGAGCACACCAAGAUGCCUCUGAAGCUUUUGACCAAUCACUACGAGCAGUGCUGGAAGUAUUACUGCCUGGCAGGAGGCUGGGGAAGCUUCGGAGCAGCUUCGGACGAGGAGCUUCACCUCUCCAGGAAACUCUUCUGGGGGAUAUUUGAUGCUCUUUCACACAAGCGCUACGACCACGAGCUCUUCAAGCUGGCCCUGCCCUGCCUCAGUGCUGUCGCUGGAGCUCCUCCAGACUACAUGGAGUCCAACUACAUGGCCAAUGAGAAACAGUCGUCCAUGGACUCUGAGGGAAACUUCACCCCGCAGCCUGCAGACACCACGGAUGUGGCUGUCCCAGAGAAACUGGACUACUUCAUUAGCAGAUAUGCAGAACACAACCAUGAGAAGUGGUGCAUUGAAAAGUUUUCCACUGGUUGGUCGUACGGAGAACAGAUGUGUGCAGCCAGUAAGAGCCACCCACUGCUGAAGCCAUACAAAGGACUUCCUGAGAAGGUCUGACAAGAGGCAUACUGCGGCUCCGUCAGAGAGUCUCUGAAGACCAUGCUGUCCUGGGGCUGGAGCAUGGACCGGAUCAGAGAGGGAGAUCCUGCAAACCUGCACAACAAGUCCAGGAGGAUUUCCCAGGCCAGCCAGCUUUCCUUUGAAGGAGCUCCAGCUUUCAGCCCGAGACCCAUCGACAUGAGCAACGUCACGCUGUCCAGAGACAUGCAGUCUAUGGCAGAGCUGCUCGCAGAGAAUUAUCACAAUAUCUGGGCCAGGAAAAAGAAAAUGGAACUGGAGGCCAAAGGGGGAGGAAACCAUCCACUGCUGGUUCCCUACGACACUCUGACGGCCAAAGAGAAGUCCAAAGACAGGGAAAAAGCACAAGACAUCCUGAAGUUCCUGCAGAUCAAUGGCUAUACUGUGUCCAGAGGGGUGAAGUCUCAGGAGCUCGACACUCCGGCCAUAGAGAAACGCUUCGCCUACACUUUCCUCCAGCAGCUCAUCACCUACGUGGACCAAGCCCACCAACACAUGAUGGAGUUUGAUCUGGGGACAAGAUCAAAGGGAGAGAAGAUUCCCCACGAACCGCAGAUCAAGUUCUUUGGAAAGGUGGUCCUUCCAUUGGUGGAUCAGUACUUCAAAAACCACAGGCUGUACUUCCUGUCUACGGCCAUCCACCCAAUCAGCAGUGGCGGCCACGCCUCCAACAAAGAGAAGGAGAUGGUGACCAGUCUUUUUUGCAAACUGGGAGUUCUUGUCAGACACAGGAUAUCAUUGUUUGGGAACAACGCCACGUCCAUCGUCAACUGUCUGCAGAUCCUGGGACAGAGUCUGGACGCCAGGACCGUGAUGAAGACGGGUCUGGAGUCGGUGAAGACGGCCUUGCGGUCGUUCUUCGACAGUGCAGCCGAGGACCUGGAGAAGACUCAGGAGAACCUGAAGCUGGGUCAGUUCACUCACAGCAGGGAGCAGCCCCGAGGCGUCACCCAGAUCAUCAACUACACCACGUUCGCCCUGCUGCCCGUCCUCUCCUCCCUCUUCGAACACAUCGGACAGAACUCUUUCUGUGAAGACCUCAUCCUGGAUGACGUCCAGGUUUCCUGCUACAGAAUCCUCAACAGCCUCUACUUCCUGGGGACCAACACCAGCAUCUACGUGGAGAGACAGCGUCCAGCUGUGGGUCAGUGUUUAGCUGCCUUCUCAGCGGCCUUCCCCGUGGCCUUCCUGGAGCCCCACGUCAACAGGUUCAACAGCUUCUCCAUCUACAACACGAAAGGAGGCAAGGACAUGACAGCUUUGGGUCUUCCAGGACUAGUUGAGGAAGUGUGUCCACUGGUCCCAAACCUGGAGAAGUCUCUGGAGGAGAUCAUGGAUCUGGCAGAAUCUGGCAUAAGAUACACUCAGAUGCCUCACGUCAUGGAGGUUGUUUUGCCCAUGCUGUGCAGCUACAUGUCUCACUGGUGGGAGCAUGGACCAGAGAGCAGUCCCAACAAGACUGACAGCUGCUGCACAUCUGUGACCUCCGAGCACAUGAACACACUGCUGGGAAACAUCCUCAAGAUCAUCUAUAACAACCUGGGAAUCGACGAAGGUGCCUGGAUGAAGAGACUGGCGGUGUUUUCUCAGCCGAUCAUCAGUAAAGCCAAACCCCAGUUACUGAAGACUCACUUCCUGCCUCUGAUGGAGAAGCUGAAAAAGAAAGCAGCCAUUGUGCUGAUGGAUGAGGAGCACAGUAAGGCGGAGGGCCGGGGGGAGAUGUCCGAGACGGAGCUCCUGAUCAUGGACCAGUUCACCGUUCUGGUCCGGGACCUGUACGCCUUCUACCCUCUGCUCAUACGAUUCGUGGACUACAACAGAGCCAGAUGGUUAAAGGAGUCCAACCCCGAGGCUGAGGAGCUGUUCCGCAUGGUGGCCGAGGUCUUCAUCUUCUGGGCCAAGUCUCACAAUUUCAAGAGAGAGGAACAAAACUUUGUGGUCCAGAAUGAGAUCAACAACAUGUCCUUCCUCAUCACAGACACCAAGUGUAAGAUGUCCAAGGGAAUAGUUUCUGACCAGGAGAGGAAGAAGAUGAAGAGGAAGGGUGAUCGCUACUCCAUGCAGACCAGCCUGAUUGUUGCUACUCUGAAGCGGCUGCUUCCUGUGGGACUCAACAUCUGUGCUCCAGGAGAACAGGAGCUCAUUGCACUGGCUAAGAACCGCUUCAAUCAGAAAGACACAGAGGAUGAAGUUAGAGAAAUUAUCAAGAACAAUCUGCAUAUACAAGGGAAGCUGGAGGACCCGGCCAUCCGAUGGCAGAUGGCUCUCUACAGAGAUCUCCCCAAUCAUUACGAAGACACGUCGGACCCGGAGAAGACUGUGGAAAGAGUUCUGGACAUCGCUCAUGUCCUCUUCCACCUCGAUCAGGUGGAGCAUCCUCAGCGCAGCAAGAAGGCUGUGUGGCACAAGCUGCUGUCCAAGCAGAGGAAGAGGGCCGUGGUGGCCUGCUUCAGGAUGGCCCCCCUCUACAACCUGCCCAGACACCGGGCUGUAAACCUGUUCCUGCAGGGCUACGAGAAGUCCUGGAUCGAGGCCGAGGAGCAUUGCUUUGAAGAUAAACUCAUAGAGGACCUGGCUAAACCAGGUGAGCAGGAGCUUCCUGAGGAAGAGGAGGGGCUGAAGCACAUCGACCCGCUGCACCAGCUCAUCCAGCUCUUCAGCAGGACCGCCCUCACCGAGAAAUGCAAACUGGAUGAAGACAACCUGUACAUGGCCUACGCAGACAUCAUGGCUAAGAGCUGCCAUGAUGGAGAGGAUGAGGACGGUGAGGAAGUGAAGACUUUCGAGGAGAAGGAGAUGGAGAAGCAGAAGUUGCUGUACCAGCAGGCUCGUCUACACGACCGCGGAGCCGCUGAGAUGGUCCUGCAGACCAUCAGCGCCAGCAAAGGAGAGAUGGGUCCAAUGGUGGCGUCCACUCUGAAGCUGGGCAUCGCUAUUCUCAAUGGAGGGAACUCAACUGUCCAGCAGAAAAUGUUGGACUACCUGAAGGACAAGAAGGACGUGGGCUUCUUCCAGAGUCUGGCCGGCCUCAUGCAGUCCUGCAGUGUUCUGGACCUGAACGCCUUCGAGAGGCAGAACAAAGCCGAGGGUCUGGGCAUGGUGACAGAGGAGGGAUCAGGUGAGAAGGUCAUGCAGGAUGAUGAGUUCACCUGUGACCUUUUCCGCUUCCUGCAGCUGCUCUGUGAAGGACACAACUCCGACUUCCAGAACUACCUGAGAACUCAAACAGGGAACAACACAACCGUGAACAUCAUCAUCUCCACCGUGGAUUAUCUCCUCAGAGUUCAGGAGUCCAUCAGCGACUUCUACUGGUAUUAUUCUGGGAAGGAUGUGAUUGACGAGCAGGGCCAGAGAAACUUCUCUAAAGCCAUAAAUGUAGCCAAGCAGGUUUUCAACACCCUCACCGAGUACAUCCAGGGUCCGUGCACCGGGAACCAGCAGAGUUUGGCCCACAGUCGGCUCUGGGAUGCUGUCGUCGGCUUUCUGCACGUCUUCGCUCACAUGCAGAUGAAACUGUCUCAGGACUCCAGUCAGAUCGAGCUGCUCAAGGAGCUGAUGGACCUGCAGAAGGACAUGGUGGUCAUGCUGCUGUCCAUGCUGGAGGGGAAUGUGGUGAACGGGACUAUCGGGAAGCAGAUGGUGGACAUGCUGGUGGAGUCCUCCAACAACGUGGAGAUGAUCCUCAAGUUCUUCGACAUGUUUCUGAAACUGAAAGACCUGACAUCUUCAGACACGUUCAGAGAGUACGACCCCGACGGGAAAGGUGUCAUCUCCAAGAGGGACUUUCAUAAAGCCAUGGAGAGCCACAAGCACUACACCCAGUCUGAGACCGACUUCCUGCUGUCCUGUGCCGAGACGGAUGAGAACGAACUUCUGGAUUAUGAAGAAUUUGUGGAGCGCUUUCAUGAGCCAGCCAAGGACAUCGGCUUCAAUGUGGCCGUCCUGCUGACCAACCUGUCGGAGCACAUGCCUCACGACUCCCGCCUGCAGACCUUCCUGGAGCUGGCCGAGUCUGUCCUCAACUACUUCCAGCCGUACCUGGGCCGGAUCGAGAUCAUGGGCAGCGCCAAGCGCAUCGAGAGGGUCUAUUUCGAGAUCAGUGAGUCCAGCCGGACGCAGUGGGAGAAGCCUCAGGUGAAAGAAUCCAAGCGUCAGUUCAUCUUCGACGUGGUGAACGAAGGUGGGGAGAAGGAGAAGAUGGAGCUGUUUGUUAAUUUCUGUGAGGACACCAUUUUUGAGAUGCAGCUGGCGGCUCAGAUGUCGGACGCCGGCGAGCGCUCAGUGGUGAAGGAGGAGAGCGAGAGGGAGAAACCGGAUGAGGAGAACUCGGAGAUGGGCUUCUUCUCCAUGACCACCUUCCGAAUGGCACUGAUGGCUCUGCGGUCCAACAUCCUGCUGCUGCUGAAGGUGCUGUCCAUGAAGAGCCUGAAGAAGCAGGUGAAGAGGAUGAAGAGCAUGACGCUGAAGGACAUGGUGACCACCCUGGUGUCGUUCUACUGGUCGGUGCUGCUGGGCCUCCUCCACGUCGCCUUCAGCGUGGCUCGAGGCUUCUGCAGAAUCUUCUACAACACCUUCAUGGGAGGAAACCUGGUGGAAGGAGCCAAAACCAUAAAGGUGUCAGAGCUGCUGGCCAACAUGCCGGACCCCACCCAGGACGAGGUCCGGGGGGACGGGGAGGACCGGGACCGGAGGCUGUCUGACCGCAGCUCUCCGAAGGAGGACCUGGCCGACCUGGCCGUCAACACCAGCGAGACCGAGCUGCUGUCCGACAUCUUCGGCCUGGACCUGAGGAGGGAGGGAGGCCAGUACAAGAUCACCCCCCACAACCCCAACGCCACCCUGACCGAGCUCCUCAACAGCCCCGUUCCUGCCCCGCCCCCCGCGGCGCCCCAGCCGGAGCUCAGACGGCGGCACCAGUCGAAGGGUUCGUUCUCUGAGGAGAAGGAAGCAGCUCCCGAGGCCGGUCAGGAACCCCAGAGAACAUCUGAGAGCACACAUGUGGAGAAACAAGAGAAACAGAAGAUGAAACCCAAAGUGAAACGACACCACACUUCCAAGUCGGACGAGCCCGACUUGCAGGAGUCGGCCUUCUUCAAGAAGAUCAUGGCCUACCAGAGGAAACUGCUGAACUACUUUGCCAGAAACUUCUACAACAUGAGGAUGCUGGCGCUCUUUGUGGCCUUUGCCAUCAACUUCAUCCUCCUCUUCUACAAGGUUUCCACGUCCUCAUCUGUAGUGGAGCAGCGGGAGGUGGUGUUUCCCAGCAGCCACCUGGACAGUGGCGUGCAGUGGGACCCCCCGAACGGAGACACGAUGGAGGCCGGAGACGGCGGGCCGGAGGAGGCGGGCGGCGAGGCGCUGAAGCCCGUCACCGUGCGCUUCGUCCUGGAGGAGAGCAGCGGAUACAUGGAGCCCAUGCUGCGCAUCCUGGCCGUGCUGCACACCGUCAUCUCCUUCUUCUGCAUCAUCGGAUACUACUGUCUGAAGGUUCCCUUGGUGAUCUUUAAGCGUGAAAAAGAGGUGGCAAGGAAGCUGGAGUUUGACGGACUCUACAUCACAGAGCAGCCGUCUGAGGACGACAUCAAGGGACAGUGGGACAGACUAGUGAUCAACACACAAUCUUUCCCCAACAACUACUGGGACAAGUUUGUGAAAAGAAAGGUGAUGGACAAAUAUGGAGAGUUUUAUGGUCACGAUCGCAUCAGUGAGCUGCUGGGAAUGGACAAGGCGGCUCUGGACUUCAGCAACGCUCACAAGAAGAGGAAACCCCGGAGAGACAGCUCGCUGUCGGCCGUGCUGAACUCCAUCGAUGUGAAGUACCAGAUCUGGAAGCUGGGGGUGGUCUUCACUGACAAUUGUUAUAUGUUUCACAUGUAUGUGGGCGUGCGAGCAGGUGGAGGGAUCGGUGACCAGAUCGAGGACCCGGCGGGUGACGAAUACGAAUACCGCAUUAUCUUCGACAUCACGUUCUUCUUCUUUGUCAGUAUUCUCCUGGCUAUCAUCCAAGGACUGAUCAUCGAUGCGUUUGGGGAGCUGAGAGACCAGCAGGAGCAAGUGAAAGAAGACAUGGAGACCAAAUGUUUCAUCUGUGGAAUUGGCAAUGACUACUUCGACACGGUGCCACAUGGCUUUGAAACGCCACACUGACUGCAAGAGCACAACCUCGCCAACUACAUAUUCUUUGUCAUGUAUCUCAUCAACAAGGAUGAAACGGAGCACACGGGCCAGGAGUCUUACGUUUGGAAGAUGUACCAGGAGCGCUGCUGGGAGUUCUUCCCUGCAGGCGACUGUUUCCGGAAGCAGUACGAGGAUCAGCUGAACUGAGCAGACUUCCUGUCCACGGCUCAUCCCUCAUACCUCGCAGACCAUGAUCCA